UCACAGAAAUUGUCGUUCGCUGAAAAAAGAGAGCACUAAUACUAAAAACUUUAUGGAUAUCAUCUAAAUACAAAAGCAAAGCAAGUUUAUGUUUAGAAGAAGACAGACGCAGCUUUCCUCUUCUUGUUGUCACUCCGUUGUGCGUGUUCGGUCUUCGUUAGCAGAGGUGCAGCAGUGAGAUGAGGGGAAACAAAGCUCUGUUCUGUGGUUCCUUUAUUUUCUAAUAAAGAAGCUUUUUAAUCAUCCGGUCUGAUCAAAUGGCGCCACCUGCUGGCCAACCUCUUCUUUGCGCGCAUUGCGCACAACAUUAAGCUCACUGAAACUAUUUCCCAAACACGAGUACAUUUCAAAUAUUAAAAACAUAUCACAUAAAGUGGACACAGUCACAGCGAGUCCAGUGUUUGCUUAUUACUCAGCGGAUCGAUGGCGUGACGUAACGAGGCGUCGUUCAUCGCGGUCACGUGAUGUUUGGCGUGUGCCAUCACAUCCAUCCUGUCGGUGUCGAGUGGUCCGCUUCGGGUUGAACAUCACGAGCCAGCACGCAGGAACACCAUGGACUUCAACGUGAAGAAACUGGCCUCCGGAGCCGGGCUGUUUUUCACACGAGCUGUCCAGUUCACAGAGGAGAAGCUGGGCCAGGCGGAGAAGACGGAGCUGGACGCUCAGUUUGAGAACCUGAUGAGCCGCGCAGACUGCACCAAACACUGGACCGAGAGGAUAUACCGACAGACCGAGGUCCUGCUGCAGCCCAACCCAAUUGAUCACACUGGUGCCAGAAUUGAGGAAUUUCUCUAUGAAAAGUUGGACAGGAAGGCACCAUCCAGAAUUACAAAUGCAGAGCUGCUGGGGCAAUACAUGCAGGAGGCAGCAAAGGAAUUUGGCCCCGUAACUCCAUAUGGGAGCACUUUGAUAGAGGUGGGGGAAUGUGAAAGAAGAUUAGGAGCAGCAGAGAGGGAGUUCCUCCAGACGUCAGCCAUCAGCUUUCUUACCCCUCUCAGAAAUUUUCUGGAAGGAGACUGGAAGACCAUUUCAAAAGAACGCCGUCUCCUGGAGAAUCUUCGCCUGGACCUGGACGCAUGUAAAGCACGUCUGAAAAAGGCCAAGGUGGCUGAGGCUAAGGCAGCAUGCGAGGGUGAAAUGGCUCCAGACUUUCAGGAAACCAGACCACGCAACUACGUGCUUUCUGCCAGUGCGUCUGCGCUCUGGAGUGAGGAAGUGGAAAAAGCUGAACAUGAACUCCGAGUGGCCCAAACAGACUUUGACCGCCAAGCAGAGGUUACACGGCUGCUUCUGGAGGGCAUCAGUAGUACACAUGUGAACCACUUGCGCUGCCUGCAUGAGUUUGUGGAGGCUCAAGCUGCUUACUAUAAACGCUGUCAUCUCCACAUGCAAGAGCUACAGAAAGAGCUGGGAAGGCUUCCCAAUGCUUUUGCACUGAAUUCCACUCACUCCAUGGCUACUGCUGUCUCUGCAUCAGAAGCCAUCAACAGCCCUGUGGAGACAGACACACUGAAGAUCGAGGAGGUUCAGGCACCUGCUACAGGAACCCGCAAAGCCAAAGUUCUUUAUGAUUACGAUGCUGCUGACUCCAGUGAGCUCUCGCUUUUAGCUGAUGAGCUCAUCACAGUUUACACAGUGCCGGGAAUGGACUCUGACUGGCUGGUUGGAGAGAGAGGAAACCUGAAAGGAAAAGUGCCUGUCACAUACUUGGAGCUGCUGAGCUAAAGAACACACACGUGUGUGUGUGUGUGUGUGUGCGUGUGUGUGUGCGUGUGUGGGAGGGUACUAUUAAAGCCAUGAGGAUAUUUUAUUUACUAAAAUUAAUUUCACACUCUUACACUAACAUGUAACCUUCAGUCCCAUUCUUCCACAGUAAGCGUUAGCGGACAUGUUAAGUUAAAAACACACUUAUCCGUGUGCUUCUCAGAGUACAUUGAGCAGCAGUGAUACUGUAGACAUUGUUACAAGUACAGGAAAGUCCCCAUGAAGGAUAGUUGACAUUCCUUUUAGAUUUUUUUUGGCAAUGUUUUUCUUUUUCUUUUUUUUUCUUUUUAUUGUUGCAUCCUGAAGGUUCCACGAGUCCUCCCCAGGUUGUGUCUGACAAACUGUGAAACACUGUUUCCAACUAAUUUAUGUUGUUUAUUUAAUUAAAAGAGUUUCUUUAUUGUAUCUGUUUAAAUGUGUGUCAAGGUUUGAAGUUUAAGGUUGUCUGUCAGUGACAAAAUGCAUCACAAUGCAGCUGUCCAGACUAGCCUGCAAUAGCAACACCCACAUCAAUUCUUCUGGUUAAAAGGGUGUGACCAGUCUUUUUUUUUUCACUUAAGUACAGUUGAGUACAGUUUGUCUGUAUAACAGACAAUAUUGAAGAAGUGAGAAGUGAAAAUGAAUGAUUGUGGCAUUAGUUUUCUUGUAAUUUACUGUCUCAUGAAUGAUUAAGACCAUUCAUGCCACGGUUUAUUAGAUCUAUAAAUAAAAAUAAAAGUUUCUGUUUCUUUUUUAGUUUUAGUGUCUUCUGUUCUUCCAGUUUCCUCCAAAAUGACACAAACAAUAUUGAUUUGUGUCUUUUUAUUAUUUUUAUUUGUUCCAUUGGUGAAAGUAUUUAAUAGCUUACAAAGAAUAAUAAUUCUAAAACGGCAAAUAAACGUUUUUCACGGAUGUUUUAUCAUCCACAUUCUUGGGAAGCAGAUUUGCCUUAUGGACAGUUGUAGGGAACAUCUUUGGGGGCAACAGUUUUGCUUGAGUUAUGUCAUUCACUUUUUUGGAUUAGAUCUUUUCACGGGGGUCGGGCUUGCCUCUCAUGCCUUUCCACAGCACUGAAGAUGUCCCUUUGAACAAUAUAGGCUGUGCAGCAAAUAAACAUGAACACUCCCAUCCUAACUGCCUUAAGAUGAUGGGAACAAACUCCCAAUGCCAUCUUCUGCAAACAAAACGAAAUGUCCAGAGACUUCAUUUACCCCACAUAUGGCAUGCAAGACUGUAACUCCUUUUAAUCACGUGUUUCUGUGUGAUUUUGGUUUGCCCUCAAGUGUUUUUUUGAAUUUUACGACAUCCUCGUUUGUUGCUGUUCUGUCUGCUAAUCGUUUAAACUGUCUCGGUCUUAAAGCUGCAUGUGCUACAGCUAGUAGCCUGUCCUGCUGGACUUGUUUGUCUGCGUACGAGUAUAUGAUGUAGCUAUGAGGUAUGUCUGUGUGAGUUUUGGAGUACCAAAAUGUGCUCUCUCACAUCCAGUAUGUACAUGCAUGCACUCAGUUUGCUUUAUUUCAACCCUCCUGGUCUCAUGAGUUUUUGUGAAAUGAGCACAGUGUUUGAAAAUCUGCGCUCAUUUUACUGAUUUUUUUUUUUUCUGGAAAAUGUUUUUAACUUGUGCUGAUGUGUUGUACCCCAUCUUGUUUUAUUAUUGUCAAAAUAUGUAUUGCCUGUUCUUUAACCAAGCUGAAUGAAUGAAAUGUAUGGGAUUUAAUAAAAGAGUCAGAUUUA